GGGUGGGCGUUCCUCGGAUUCGCUCGCUGGAGGACCCUUGGCCGAUGGAGUGGUAAACACUUUAAAGAAACAGUAUUUUGCUAGCAAAGAAUGCAAACAUUGGCGGCCAUUGAAUUAUUAUGACAUCGGGUGGAACGGGGGAACUAUUGGCUUAUUCCGGUACACCUCUAGCGAUGCUAGCGGCACAAUGUAACAAAAUUACAAGCAAGAGUCCGCCGCCACUGGCCGAGGCUGCUGUAGGGAAAGGAUUUCAUCCAUGGAAGAAGCUCCCGUCUGGCAUUGUCCAGGCGCCAUCUCCUCUAUCUUUUUCAGCACAGAAAAUGAACAGCCCUCAUUUUGCAUCGGGAUCGCCUUUAGGUUUCUCCAGAGCAUCUACACUACCUAGCACUUCAGUAAGUUGCGGAAACGACCUUAUAUAUCAGUCUGCAACACUGCAACAGCAGACGACAGAUCCGACCCAGUCUGCCUUACUGCAGAAAAUACACAACGAGACCACCUUUACAACUCAGUCUUUAGGAGGAAUGUAUCCCAGAGUUCCUGCAGUUUCCGCUCACCCUUACGAACAGUGGCCUUUCAGUGUCUCUGGGACGGGUUCACAUAGCAUAAAAUCAGAAAUGACGUCAUCAGUUAAUUCGGGCUCAACAUGGUGGGAUAUCCAUUCCUCUCCUUCUAAUUGGAUAACGGACAUUGCAACCAAUUCCGGAGGUUUUCAUUCACAACUACCUUCAAACUACCCACCUUCGGAAUAUGCGUUUGGACACCCAUCUUUAUUAUCAACAGGACAAACCAUCUUACAGGAUUCAUACAAAUCUAUGAUACCUAGUCAAAGUGACCUCACUUCCACUAAUGUAUCGCCAUUCUUGCCUCGUCCUUCUUUGCCGGGAAUUUCUAGUCCGCGAUCGCAGCGACGCUAUACAGGAAGAGCGACGUGCGAGUGUCCAAACUGUCACGAAGCGGAGCGACUUGGACCAGCAGCUGCGCAUCUUAGAAAGAAAAACAUUCAUAGUUGUCACAUUCCUGGAUGUGGAAAGGUGUAUGGCAAAACGUCUCAUCUUAAAGCUCACUUACGCUGGCAUACUGGAGAACGACCUUUCGUCUGUAAUUGGCUUUUUUGCGGGAAAAGAUUCACGCGGUCAGACGAACUCCAGCGCCAUUUGAGGACACACACGGGAGAGAAAAGGUUCGCUUGUCCAGUGUGUAACAAAAGAUUCAUGAGAAGUGAUCACUUAGCUAAACAUGUCAAGACUCAUAGUGAAGGUAAAAAGUCUGGAAGCGGGUCAGAUUCAGAAACUGGUCUGGAACAAAAACCCCAAAUCGAUUUAAAAUCAUCUGACGGUGAAUUGCCUAUAAAAGAAAGCGGGGAUCUAAAUUGAUACAAGUGAAAAAAGAAGAAGAUUUUUCUGUUAUCAACAAUUCAAACAUCCUUUUCUGAAAGAGUGUGAAUAUUUAUUCAUAUUUAUAAUGAAUGGUGCUAAUUGUUAAAUCAACAAAUGUGCGCAUCAAAGGGUUAAAAUUAAAUAUUUGUUAUACGAAUAAAAGACAAACUUUUUUGCAGUAUAGGUCAUCGUUCUACUCUACAAAGAGAAAUCCUUUUAGUGUUAAGCAAUCAAUGAGUAUUGGAAAAUUGACGGUGAUGUUCUUUCAUUGUCAGGUGUACUUUGUGACUUCAGUUGAAUGUUUAAGAAAAAAAGAGACUUACUAAUUAUGGGUUUGAUACUGAUUUUUUAAAGAAUAUAUAAGACGUGUGAGAAAUUACAAGUAAAAUUAUAAAAAAGAAGGUUUCUGUGAAGAUUGUUUGUGUUCUUUGUAACUCCAGAGGAAAUCUCCAGAGUUUUUAUGUCUUGAAUUGUUGUGUAUUGAUCUAUAAAAAAAAUGUCGUGAAAUAAAACAAUAAAAUGCCA